AGGAUGAGUGAGCCAAUAAACGAGGGAUCGCGGGGAAAGGCAGCCCCAGGGCGGCGGGCCCAGCCACCCCCACCGCCCCUGGGCAGGCGAGCCGGUUCCCGCCCCCGGCCCGGCUCGCGCGCGCUCUCAGCCCCGCGGCGGAACGCGAGGGCGGCGGUAGCGGUUUCCCUUGAACCAGCCGGGGAAUCUGGAGGGAGCACACAGGAAAGGCAGAGCUGCGAGCGGGACCAGCCGUGAAAAUCUCUAGAAGAUGAUGGUGUUCUUUAAAACACUUCGAAAUCAUUGGAAGAAAACUACAGCUGGGCUUUGCCUGCUGACCUGGGGAGGCCAUUGGCUCUAUGGAAAACACUGUGAUAACCUGCUUAGGAGAGCAGCCUGUCAAGAAGCUCAGGUGUUUGGCAAUCAGCUCAUUCCUCCCAAUGCACAAGUGAAGAAAGCAACUGUUUUUCUCAAUCCUGCAGCUUGCAAAGGCAAAGCCAGGUCUCUAUUUGAAAAAAAUGCUGCCCCGAUUUUACAUUUAUCCGGCAUGGAUGUGACUAUUGUUAAGACAGAUUAUGAGGGACAAGCCAAGAAACUCCUGGAACUUAUGGAAAACACAGAUGUGAUCAUUGUUGCAGGAGGAGAUGGGACACUGCAGGAGGUUGUUACUGGAGUUCUUCGACGAACAGAUGAGGCUACCUUCAGUAAGAUUCCCAUUGGAUUUAUCCCACUGGGAGAGACCAGCAGUUUGAGUCAUACCCUCUUUGCCAAAAGUGGAAACAAAGUCCAACAUAUUACUGAUGCCACGCUUGCCAUUGUGAAAGGAGAGACCGUUCCACUUGAUGUCUUGCAGAUCAAGGGUGAAAAGGAACAGCCUGUGUUUGCAAUGACCGGCCUUCGAUGGGGAUCCUUCAGAGAUGCUGGCGUCAAAGUUAGCAAGUACUGGUAUCUUGGGCCUCUAAAAACCAAAGCAGCCCACUUUUUCAGCACUCUUAAGGAGUGGCCUCAGACUCAUCAAGCCUCUCUGUCGUACACGGGACCUACAGAGAGACCUGCCAGUGGACCAGAGGAGACACCUGUACAAAGGCCUUCUUUGUACAGGAGAAUAUUACGAAGGCUUGCAUCCUUCUGGGCACAACCACAGGAUGCCCUUUCCCAAGAGGUGAGCCCAGAGGUCUGGAAAGAUGUGCAGCUGUCCACCAUUGAACUGUCCAUCACAACACGGAGCAAUCAGCUUGACCCGACAAGCAAAGAAGAUUUUAUGAACAUCUGCAUUGAACCUGACUCCGUCAGCAAAGGAGACUUUAUAACUAUAGGAAGUCGAAAGGUGAGGAACCCCAAGCUGCAUGCUGAGGGCACGGAGUGUCUCCAAGCCAGCCAGUGCACUUUGCUUGUCCCCGAGGGAGCCGGGGGCUCUUUUAGCAUUGACAGUGAGGAGUAUGAAGCAAUGCCUGUGGAGGUGAAACUGCUCCCCAGGAAGCUGCAGUUCUUCUGUGAUCCUAGGAAGAGAGAGAUGCUGGCAAGCCCCACCCAGUGAACAGGCAGAAGAUAAGUACUCUGUGACCACACUUUAGGCCACCGGUGGGGCUGAAAGGGAACAGGUGCCUCAACCAUCCCAACAGUGUUGUCAGAGGGUCCCAAGGGCAUUUUCAGGCAAGUACCCCUCUGCCCUCUCCAGCAGUGCUUCCCAGUGUGCUCUGUCACCUGCAUUGCGAUCGGCUUUGUUAGCGCAUGUUUUCUUUUGGUGUGACGGUCGACCCUCCUAAACACGAACUUUCCUCAGGCUGGUUCAAGAUGGAAAAAGACUUUCUUCUGAUUACUUCCAAAGUGCAACCACAGUGGAGAGCCCACAGUGGGCUUAGCCUGCCUAAGCCCCUCCAUUCUUGUUCUGUUCUUUGACCGUGCUAAUAAUUCCGGGGAAGUGUCUUCCUUCCCUGGUGACCCUUUCCUAGUUCUAGGCUCCUCCAUGGGUGCUGCUAUUUUGUGAGCUCCAGCUUCUGUUUAGCUUUUAUUUCAGUUCUAUCCUCAGUCCAGAAAUGUAUGUGAGGUGGUUUCCACCUCCAGCCAUGGCUAUAAUACUGUAAAAUGCUAGUUUUUAUUUUUUUAAGUAGUGUUUCCUAAAUGGUUUGCAUGAGAGCCACCUGGGAUGCAUGUUGAAAGUUUAUUUGGGGUCCACCCCAAACCUAACAACCCAAUUUGGGGAAGGGGCCCAGGAGUGUGCAUUUUUUAAAAGUCAGCCACCCUUCCCAGGUGAUUCUGUAAGUUGUCCCUCAACCAUACUUGGAGAAAUAGUGUUUUAAAAACAGUGGUCCACAAAGUAUUCUGCUCAUGUGCCCCCCCAAAAGUAUUAUUUUGAAAAAUCAUGUAUCCCCUCACCCAUCUAAGUGGCCAUCUAAAAUUUUUCAUGGGAAGUUAAAUAGUUAGUUGACAAAGUAUGUAUUUGCUGGUGUUGUGUAAAUAUUGGUAUUUUACAAUAAAAACUGUUAUAUCGCUAUUUUAAACAUACUCAGUACCAUUUAAAUAUCACAACAAUUUGACACCCUUCAUUCAUUUAUAAAAAUAAAUGAGCUAGUUUUUUA